UACUGUAUUGAACCAUUGAGUGCGCUGCGUCCAUUGUAGUGCGUAACUCAAGCAGGGGCAGUGUUAGUGUCAGGGGAAUGUCGGCUCGUCUAUGAUCGGUUUUUGAGGCGGCAGGAAGCGUCUACGUUAUGGCUGUAAGUAUUGAACAGCAAAAGAAUUUGGAAGGAUAUGUGGGCUUUGCAAGUCUUCCCAAUCAAGUGUACAGGAAGUCUGUCAAGAGGGGCUUUGAGUUCACACUGAUGGUUGUGGGUGAGUCAGGGCUGGGCAAGUCCACCUUGAUCAACUCUCUCUUCCUAACAGACCUCUAUUCAGCAGAAUAUCCUGGACCUUCACAUCGAAUCAAAAAGACUGUACAGGUGGAACAAUCCAAAGUUUUAAUCAAGGAAGGUGGUGUCCAGUUGCUUCUAACAAUAGUUGACACGCCGGGGUUCGGAGAUGCUGUUGACAACAGCAAUUGCUGGCAGCCAAUUAUCGACCACAUAGACAGCAAAUUUGAGGAUUACCUGAAUUCAGAAUCACGGGUGAACAGACGACAGAUGCCCGACAGCCGUAUUCAUUGCUGCCUCUACUUCAUUGCUCCCUCAGGACAUGGACUAAAGCCUCUGGAUAUCGAGUUCAUGAAACGGUUGCAUGAGAAAGUCAAUGUCAUCCCACUGAUUGCGAAAGCGGACACUCUGACCCCAGAGGAAUGCCAGCAGUUCAAGAAGCAGAUUAUGCGGGAAAUCCAAGAGCACAAAAUCAAGAUCUAUGAGUUCCCUGAAACAGAUGAUGAAGAAGAGAACAGAUUGGUGAAGAAGAUUAAGGACAAGUUGCCUCUGGCUGUAGUAGGAAGCAACACCAUCACUGAGGUGAACGGAAAGCGAAUCAGAGGCAGGCAGUACCCCUGGGGUGUUGCAGAAGUGGAGAACAGCGACCACUGUGACUUCACCAUCCUGAGGGAUAUGCUCAUCAGAACCCAUAUGCAGGAUCUGAAAGAUGUGACAAAUAAUGUUCACUAUGAAAACUACCGCAGCAGGAAACUGGCUGCCGUCACUUACAACGGGGUCGACAACAACAGGGCUAAAGCUCAACUGUCCACCAAACUUGACACAGUUGAAGGAAUGAGUCCUCUGGCCCAGAUGGAGGAGGAGAGGCGAGAACAUGUGGCUAAGAUGAAGAAGAUGGAAAUGGAGAUGGAGCAGGUGUUUGAGAUGAAAGUCAAAGAAAAAGUACAGAAACUCAAAGACUCUGAAGCAGAGCUUCAGCGACGUCAUGAGCAAAUGAAGAAGAACCUUGAAGCUCAGCACAAGGAAUUAGAGGAGAAGAGGCGCGUCUUUGAGGAGGAGAGAGCAAACUGGGAGGCCCAACAACGCCUGGAGCAGCAGAAACUCGACGCCUCCAGAACUCUGGAGAAAAACAAAAAGAAAGGAAAGAUCUUUUAAAAGCAAGCCGGCAGGAUCAUCCCAACUCGUUAUUUUUAAUCGCCAACGUUGCUGGUCAGGACACCAGUGUGUGGCACUGACACUGUCUUCCUCAUCAUCUUUCUUCCCUCUCCUGUUCCUGGCAAAACUUACCACAUAUGCAGAAGUUCAUGCAGCUUUCAUAAAGCAAAAUAAAACAGAUAUAAACAAAACAUGAUUUAAUUUACUGAAUAUUCUAGCUUUGUGAAACCAUUCCUCAAACAGAUUAUUAUCAUUACUAUUAUUAAUGGCAUACUAUUUUACAUAUUAAGUAGAAGUACUGUAAUUAUGGAGUCACUGUUAACAUUUCUAAAAGAAGUGCCAGUACAGGGUUAAAAUGCAAAUCAGCCUUCAGCUAAUAGCGCGGUUACAGAUCUUAAUGAAUUGUUGCACUUGGUUAAAGAAGCAUAGCGUGAUGGAACUAGCUUAACGAAGAAUAUUGUUUUUUAUGAAUGAAAUCCAUGCUUCGAAGACGUUAGGCUGCCUUAAAAGCCUGAACAAAGUUCUGCUACACACACACACGCACAAUGUGAUUUAAAAUAAUUUAAUUUGAGGUAUAUUUCAUGGACCCAGAAUGCUCAACUGUUGAACAAAAAAAAAAAAGUUAUACCUGUGGUUUGCUUAUUUGCUAUAAAGGUAGAAAGCUGGAUGAACAUCUUUUCAUAUGGUGACACCAUCUUUUUUCUUUUUUUUUUUCUUUUUUUUUUUUGCCAAUGUGUGUAUUAUUCUGUUCUUGCUCUGAAAGCGCAGUUGUGCUCAUGCAAUUUACCACUGGAUUGAGUACAGGGCUGUGGAGAAGUGGAAGGGGUCAGAGCUGAUAAACAUAUGUUUAUCUUAAUGCCAUUAAAAAAAUCACCCCCAUUUUAAAAAGGCCAAAUACAUCCGUUUAUAUAUAUAUAAUUAAUAUUAUUGUUGUUAUUGAGUAUUAUUUUUCCUUCCUAAGGUUACCUUUAAAUGACUGAUGUGUACAGUUUAAAGGAGGAAAAAAAAAAAAUUGUACAAUCAAGUUCUGUUGAAUAUUUGUUUACAGGAAAGUGAAAGUGACAGUACACAUUUACUGAAUGUUUUGGCCUGUUCAUAUUUUAAUACACAAUGUGAGUGCAGUCCUUUUUAUGUUUAGCCUGUUUUUCAUCAGUGCAGCAGCCUAAAAUGAGUGUCAACAGAAACCUGAAAAAGCUGAACUGAAACCAGACGAUGCACCUUGGGCCUUUUUAUAUAUUUAAUACCAUAAGUUUCUCUUUUUUUUCUCUUCUUUUUUCUCUCUCUCAAAUGUAAGAUUUUUUUUUUUGUGUGUGAGUAUGUGCAUGUUUAGCCAUUUCACUAGCCUUGAACACCAUUUAUAACGUCAUUUAUUUCACAUUAGUUAAUUUUUAUACAUACAUAUAUAUACAGAGCCAGCUGCAGUAAUCAUUUGUUUUGUAUGUUUAGAAAAUCCAGACUUGAGAGCUGUGUCCACUGUAAAAAACGUUUAUUUUACAUCAAUGUUGGAUGCAAAAAAAAAACAAAACACAAAAGUUAUGAGUGGGGAAAUGAAGAUUCAACGUCAUACUUUGCUUUGGCUGUGUUACUCCUCUGUAUUUCUAAUUUUAUUUUUCAUUUGUAUUGUACAAAGUCACUUAAUAAACUUGGAAUGAUA